CCUUCGGUAAUAUCAUUAGCUUCGAAGAUGGCUUCCCAGCAUAGGAAGCCGAUGAAGGGAAUCCUCAAAUCGUCUUCCAGUUUCGACAAACCAGAGCCUAUUUACACAACCAACACACCCAGGGAUGGAAGGAAGGAGAUGACAUGGGAUGAAAUGAACAUAUUGGCCACUCAUCACCCAGCAGAUAAAGACUAUGGCCACAUGAAGAUAGACGAACCUCUCACACCCUACAGCAAAUAUUCAGACCCCGAAGAUGAGGAUGGGGAGACACAACAAAGACGCAGCAGCAUUAGCGAGAAAGAGAUUGAACUCAACGCAGAGACAAUAGCUUCAAGAUUAAAUGAAGAAGGCAUUAAUCCCACUGUGUUAAGCCAUCCUUCAAUUGACGAAGAAUCAUCUUCUGAUGAGGAGCUAGAAGAAACUCCAGAAAAGAAAGCUGUGAGGAAAGUUUUUGAACAAAAGAGGAAGCUGCACUACAAUGAAUUCCAGGCUGUUAAAUUAGCCAAGCAGUUGAUGAAAGAUGAUGAUGAUGACGACGACGAGGAUGAGGAUGAUAGUGCUAACAAAUUAGAUAAUAAUGUGACGGACUCAAGUCAGCAGCCAAAUAUGGAUUCAGCAUUAACGGAGCAGAGUGAACAAACGGAAGGAAAAUGAUGUAUAGAGUACUGUUGUUAGACUUUGUACCUAGAUAGCAACAUAUCCCCUGUUGUGUUAGUUUAUACAAUAACAAUUAGCAUGGUGUUUUGUAAUGUUGGGUAUGUGUAAGCUUGUUAUGGUGUGUUAAUAUAUACCGAUGUUUAGUCUCCAUGUCUCCCCGACUGUUCAAACCAUUGUUUUCUAAUCCCAAAAGGAUAACGAAUUGCAAAUAUUUGUCCUGGCAAUCAAAACAAAGCAACUUUGAUGCAUAUCUAGUGUUUGACUUCCUUCCCCUGGAUUUUGUCUAUUGCGCGACAGAAAGGGCACAUUUCAAAAGUCUAAAAUCACAGCACAUAUUGAUGUGGAUUUGGUAAAUCUACGAUGACAAAACCAAAAUCCUUGUACUAAGGCCAGACACCAUGUCAUGAUCAGUUUGAGUGUUUUUGUGAGUCUGGUUACAAGGUCUGAACACACUCUUUGUUGGUGAUAAAAUAUCAUAGAUUUAAUAUAUAUAUGUGUAUAUAAACUAUGUUUUCGUGUGUGUGUCAUAUGGGUAAAUAUAUGUUUUGUAUGGUAAUGGGUACAUAUAUGUAUACUUCCCAACUAAUCCAAUAUUAUUGCCAACUGUAUACUGAGGGGAUUAUCUUAAGUCCAACCCUCUUGGCUGUAAAUGCUCCCAAAGCAAGUUCUCAGUCAUGUUCAACCUCAAUUUCAUUUAUUUUUUUGCGGAAAAAUACUGCAUUUUAACUAAAUUUUGAGACCGGAAAAUUCAUUUCACUAUUUGAUACACAGCCCUUAAACGUAAAGAUGUAGACUUUUUUAUUUGUUUUGUAUAUCAGUACAUCUGUAAGUUAAUAAUCAGUGGUAAUUAUUCAUGUACUUUGUUGCAACUACAUUUUAUAUUUUUUCGAAAGGACUUGUUUAAUAAUGUUGGUAUAUUGACUUUCAUAAAAAAUAUUUUUUAUUGAAGAAGAAGUAUAUGCAAAACUUUUAAUAUAGAUAUUUAUCGAUGUGCGUACUUGUCUAACACAACUUCUGUACCCAUUUUAUAUCGAUAGAUUCCACAAAACCUGCCCUCUAUGUUGUUUGUUUGGUCACCAAUAACUGACCAUGAUGCUUUCUUUCAGGUAUUUUUAUUACCAUUUCCUAAUGAAAUGAUGUUAGAUUCGUUAGUUGUGAUUCGAAAUAUUGUGUAAAACCUAUUGGUGGGCGAUUGGUGAUCAUUCAUUCAGCUUUUCUAUGUAACUGCCCUUUAGAUAAAAUUGUAACUGUUAAGUCUAUGUGGAUCUUUCUGUUCUAUUUUAUGAAAUCAUGCAACACUUUUUGUGUCCCCUUAAAGAUUUUUUUAAGUAUUGACAAGUGCUAUGGUUUGAUUCUACAAGAAAGUGUUGCUAUUUUCUGUAGAAUUUAGUGUGUUAUGUUGUUGUACUGUAGUGGCCUCGACUAGUGUAGCAAGAAUUUGAGUGUGCUUAGGCUAGUGCUGUCAUUAGGAUCAUCUGGUUUGCUAUGCAAGGAUUCAAGAAAAAUUCAAAGCAUCUGUUUUAUAAAGAUCAGACGCAUUUCUUUUCAAAAGAGAUGUUCUUAUGGUGAAACUUCAAAGACAUAAAGUGCCACAGUUUUGUGGUGUUUUUUUUUUUUUUUUAGAAUUUAUUUUUUUUCAUGGUCCCCAGGUUUGACUUACUGUAAGUCUGUGAUGUUUUAUUCUACAAGAUUUCCUGUGUAUCUCCAAGACUACACCACAUAGUGUUCAGCUGAUCAGACAGUGGAUUUUUUUUUUUUUUAAAUUGACUUAUCGCUUUGUUAUAUUUUAUUUUUCUCAGUUGAAAAGGAAUUGCCAUUGAUUAAAUAAGGAGAUUGUUUGGGUACCGGCUUAAAAAAAACACUUGUAGAAAAUUCAGAUCUCCCAAAACAUUUCUUCUCACGCUUUCUUAUAAAGUAUUUGAAUUUAUACUUUUUUCACCAAUAACUGCCAGAUCAAAUGAUCUGGAACAAUAUAAAAUAUUUGAACUUCUUCCAGUAGUCCUGAAUUGAUCAGGAUUAAAGUUGACAAAAUUUGAAGGAAAAGAAAAAUGUUUGAAAGGAUGUUUAGGGUUUGUUGCAAUACGUGUGCAGAUUUUGUUUUUAUAGCCAGACUUUAUAGAUGUGGAAAUAGUGAAUUCAGGUUUGAUGCUUUUGUAACUAUAUCACAAGACUUGGCUUUAUGUAGAUAUCGUAUAGGUAUACUGUUGUACUUUAAUUUGAGAUCUGAUUGCUGAAAUUCUGUGACCUUUAACCCUGUCACCACUGUAGACCAUAUAAUGGACUCAUCCAAAUCAAUGCAUGGCAGGCUCUACUAAAGUUACAUAGGGGUGAAAGGGUUAAAAUUGUAGCAAUGUUAAGAUAUUGGAAGAAUCUUAAUUAUCUGGGUUUUUUCAUCCUUCUUCAAAUGUUACAGGACACCACCUUGGGUUAAUUUUCUUAUUGAAACUUUGUGGCUUUUUUGAUCAUGUUAACCCUUUCAACCCUAUGUAACUUUAGUAGACUCUACCAUGCAUUGAUCUGGAUGAGUCCAUUAUGGUCUACAGUGGUGAAAGGGUUAAGGGCUAUUCCAGAAAUUAUAUGAUGGGACAUUUAAUUUGACUUCUUCAAUCCACAAUGAAUUUGUUCCUAAGUCUAUACAAAUGUUAACACAAACUUUAGCCCCCCUCCCAUCCCUCCCUCCUCUCCAUAUACCCCUGUAUAUCAUUGAUGUUAAGUGCUUCUCUGUGCCCACAUUCACAUUGGGAAUUGCCUUUUUUUUCUAUUUUCAUUUUUGUAUUCAGAAAAAAAGUUCCUUAAUAAACAGAUUUGAUUCAUAAACAAAUUAUGCCUUAAUUGAACUAUAUAAUUAUGCAAGUGGUAUUGUUCAAUAAAAUAUCAUUAGUACAGUACAAUAGAUAAGUAGCCAUCGGUUGAUGACAAAAUGCAAAUAUUCUUUGGGAUUUUUUUAAUGUUAAUCACUGAUGAUAACCUUACUUCAGCUUGCCAAAGAAAACAAGAGAAAUGAUUUAUUUAGAUAAUAUGUUAUUGUUGAGUGUUUACUUACACUUGUUCAUCAGUCUCUGUGUUUUGAUCAGGUGCAUUAAGAAUUGGAUUUCUGUACUCACACGGAUACUGUAUUUCGCCUUUGAUCUCUCCGAAGGAGGUUAAAUUAGUUUAUAAGUACUGGUUUACUGUUAAGUUUGACGCUGGGUAUAUGCAUGAAAGACUUGUUACUUUGACACUGGUAUAAAAAGUCUGAUGUUUGGCUGAUCACUGGUAAAAAACUAUGUCCGUAAGAAAAACCAAACAUUUGAAGUGCUUAUAUAUAUAUAUCUAUUUACUUUUAUAUAAAAUGUAUUUUUAAAAGAUAUAUGCUAUUUCAUUCUGUCAUCUGUAAUAGAUAAUAUUAUCAGUAUCCUGAUGAUAAGUGCUAUUUUUGUCACACAGAUGUUAUCGGCAAGCUGAUAGAUAUAUUGGUUCAAAGUCUGUGACAUUUUUUAAGGUUCAUGAUUCGUGAUGAAAUGACGUCCCAACCCACUACUCAUCAAUACUGCUAUUUAACCCUUCCACCACUGUGGACCAUAAUGGACUCAUCCAGAUAAAUGUAUGGUAGAGUCUACCAAGAGUCUACUAAAGUGAUCUAGGGGUGAAAGGGUUUUUAGAUAAGAUGAACCACAUACUGGUUCAGAUGCAUGUAUUAAUAUAUAUUACACAGUAACACUUAAUAGGAAACCAGGGCAUUUUAUGAAUUUUGUUGGUUUGUUUUUACAAAUUUCGGAAAACUAAAUUUUCACUUAUAAAAUGUUUUUUUGGCCCGUAAUUGUGUGAGCCAAAUUCAUUAUCAACAUAUAUAUUACUGUAGUUUUAGAUUUGCAGUUCGGUUGAAUUAUUUGAUAGUGAAUUCAAUGUAACCUAGAAUGAUAAAUUUCUGUGAUAAAUAGAACAAAAUAAUUUACAUUCCUUUACAAAUUGCAACUAAUUACUUAGUAUUAUCGAGUUAGGACAAGAGUGCUGUGUUCAGGUACAAAAAUAACUUCUAGUUGUAUAAAACAUCAUGUGUGUGACUUAAGUAUUAAUGAAACGAUGAUUUUUUUUCACAUUUUGUUUUUGUGAAAUAUUGGACAUAAUAGGGAUAUAUCUUCGAUGAUGUAAGUGCUAAAUAGAUCUUUGAUGAGCAUAGUAACACAAAUACGAAUAAAGACCACUUUUUUUGUAUGAAAAAAAAAUAAAAAAUAAAUUUAUUAAGAAUAUUGCAUCUCCAAAAUUUGACAGUAGUUGUUUAGAUUUUACACUUUAAUAUAUAGGUUUCCAUGUGUGCAAGUCAUAUUUUCGUUGUGUGUGAGAAUUUUCUGUGAUCACCUGUAGUUUUACUGCAUAAUAUGAAUAUGGAUGCUUGAGCUUGUACAUGCACUAUAAAAAUAACCUUUUUUCAAUGUACAGUAUAAUGGAAGCACAACAAUAAUUAACGUUUUGUAUUGAUUUCACAGUACAAUGGACCCUAUUUAAUCUGCUCUCAAAGCUAUGAAAAGCUUUCUUGAAUUGAGAAGUAUUAGAUAAAUUCAUCAUGUCGAAAAUAUUUUCCAAAUAUUUCCAAGAAAUAGCUUGUGUCGAUAAAUAAGAGUUCAUUGUACUCUAAAUCACUUUUCACAUUAAUUGGCAUUAAUAAUUUAUUCAUUUUGAAAUUGAAAUCUAAUAAGGAGAAUAUCGCUUUCAAUAUUGAAUAGUUUCUUCUCAAUUAUGAACAAGGUAAUUAACGUACAAUCCCUUCUUAUGUAGUUCACGAAAUAAUUAGGAACAGGUAAAAUCAGGACAAUUUACUAUUAUAAUUGCUGUUGUGUAUGCUCUAAGAAUCAAAUUUUACAAAAUUCCAUUUUUGUAAUUUUUAAAAUAGACGCAGAAUUAAACACAGGACAUUAAUACAUAAAAAUAAUUUAGCGUCAAAAAGAACCAGUUUAUUAAUUGAGAAAUAUGUUUCUUGGAAUACAAAUUGUUGCAAAAUAAUUUGAAAAAUUCAAAUUUCUCCUGAUUAUCAGUAAAUGUUUUGGUUUUUUUGGCAUACAU